CUCACGGCUCAGGCUGAGGAGGCGGUGAAGGCCGCGUGCUGGCGGGGCGGGAACAUGAACUUUGCGGACGUGGCCAUUGUCUUCUCUCUGGAGGAGUGGGAGCUCCUGGAUGAGGCUCAGAGACUCCUGUACUGCGAUGUGAUGAUGGAAGUGUUUGCACUGGUCUCAUCUGUCGGUUGUUGGCAUAAAACGGAUGAUGAGGAGGCCUGUUUUGAGCAGAGUGUAUCUGUACAAGGGGAGUCUCGGGUCAGGGCUUAUAAGACAGCUCCAGCAACCCAGAGGACCCAUCUCUGUGGAAGAUGUUUCUCUGUGUUUAAAGAUAUUCUUCACCUGACUGAGUCACAAGCAGUGGACUUUCAGCAGAAAUGCUUCUUCAGUGACGCAUGUGUGAGAGACUUCUGUUUCAGUGCAAAGCCUCACCAGCCACAGAGGGAAGCCAGUGGAGAGAAGCCCUGGACAGAAGCUGUGGACAGGGCCUCGUUUGUGACCAACUUAAGCUUCUUCUUAUCAGGGCUGCCUUCAACCAGUAGGGGGGUUGGGGAAGACUUCCCAGCCAUCUCAGACCUUCUCCAGCACCAGGCCCCUCUCAACACUGAGGAACCACACAGUCAUAGUGAGAUUUCAGAGGAAUUUCCUGAUAGAAAAAGGCAUCAUCAAUGGGAUGAAUGUGAAAAAGCUGCCUGCCACAACCAGCACCUCCUUCAACAUCAGAGUGUCUACUCUGGAGAAGUCAAUUAUAAAUGCAGUAUAUGUGGGAAAGUGCUUUCAUGUAUCUUUAACCUCAAUAGACAUAGGAGAGGCCACACUGGAGAAAAAUCCUAUGAGUGUACUGAUUGUGGGAAACUUUUCAUUCAAAUGUCUUCCCUCACUAAACACCACAGAGUUCACACUGGAGAAAAGCCUUACAAAUGCAGUGAAUGUGGAAAAUCCUUUAGGCGCAAAAAUGACCUCUUUAUCCAUAAGAGAGUUCACACUGGAGAAAAGCCUUACCAAUGCAGUGAAUGUGGAAAAUCAUUUAGUCAGAGUUCUCACCUCUUAUGCCACCAGAGAGUUCACACUGGGGAAAAGCCAUAUCAAUGUAGUGCUUGUGGGAUGUCCUUCAGUCAGUACUGUAACCUCAGUAGACACUGCAAAAUUCACACUGGAGAAAAACCUUUCGAGUGCAGUGAAUGUGGGAAGUCCUUCCAUCGUAGGUCUUCCCUCACUAAACACAGCAAGGAUCACACUGGACAAAAACCAUACAAGUGUAGUGAAUGCUGUAAAUCUUUUAAGGAAACUACACACCUCCUUAUGCACAAGAGAGUUCACACUGGAGAAAAGCUGCAUCGAUGUAGUGAUUGUGGGAAGUGCUUCAGUCAUAGCACUAGCUUCAUUCAACACCUCAGAGUUCACACAGGUGAAAAACCUUAUGAGUGUAGUGAUUGUGGGAAGUGCUUCAGUCAAAGCUGUAGCCUCAUUCAACACCUGAGAGUUCACACUGGUGAAAAACCUUAUGAGUGUAGUGAUUGUGGGAAGUGUUUCAGACAAAGCUCUAACCUCAUUCACCACCUCAGAGUUCACAGUGGUGAAAGACUGUAAGAGUGUAGUGAUUAUCAGAAAUUAAUUGGGGAAAUUAUUACUCUCACAGAGCACCAGAGACUUUACAUUGGAGAAGAGCUUUAAAUGUGCAGAGAAUGUUUUACUUUCUCAGAAGAACAACACCAAAGGAGAAGCUUUUACCCCAUUUACCAGAAUGCAAACCCCUUCAUCAGAAUAUACACUCUUCUAGAUGCCUCCUAAGUUUCAGGUAUAAAUGACACUUUCAAAAACUGCAUUGCACUUUCUAACCUACUCAGGCCUACAACCUGAUUGAUAUCACACAAAUAUUUGUGUGGAAGCUCUUUCACCCCUACCACCUGGCUCCCUUGAAGAGUGUGCAUCCAUCACAACCCCUGCAUGCUCUGGGUUGGGCUUGAGAAAAUUGGUUGAGCUCCUGGGUGAAUUUUUAUUCCUUUAUUUCUGACCAGAGAAUUGACAUGACCUAGGUUUCGUCCACAGCACCCAUCCUCAGCUAAGUGCUACACCUUUUGAAGUUAUUGUGGGUCUCGCAUUAGGCUGUGAUGAAGUGUUUCAGGUUCCAAUUCAGGAGCCUGCAAACCUCUUGCUGUCCAUUGCUCUGGUUUAUGAUCUUUAUGUAAAGGAGUUUUUUUUCUUGUGUACCUUUAAUAUUGUUGGUCUAUUAAUUCCCUGAGAUGUUUGACAGGAAAGUUGUGUUCUGUCAGCAUGGACAGGUGAACAAUAUAGUCGGGUCCCAAACUUUCUGUGCUUUGGAAGGCACAGCUUCAUGGCAGAAAACCACUGUUUGUUCAAUAUUGGCUGAUUUUGAAUUGCUGACCAAGGCUUUCAA